GUCAUGAAUAGGGAGGAACUAAACCACAGUUUACUUUCACUUUCUCUGCCUUAGGAAAUAAAAUAACAGAAGUAGGCUAGGGUUUGAACCACACAAUGUUUUGGCAUAUAUAAUUUUAAUUAACUUUUAUUUAUUAUCAAAACAAACAAACGAAUUAGCAAAUAUGCCCAAACUAACGCUCAUCGGAUUGUACUUUUGGAUUUGUCUGGCGCAAAAGGUGGUUUCCGGAGAUGAUCUUUCUCUUAAAGUGGGAGGUGAGCUGGUGUUGAAACCAGAUAAGUCCACAGUGACUGACCCCAUCACAAGCAUCGCAUGGAAGCAUGGGAAGAACAAGGUGGCAGAGUGGGACAAGGAUUUUGGUGGUCUGGACAUCUAUGCUGCCUUCAAAAACCGUACAACCCUGGACCAGACUACUGGAGAGCUGAGAAUCAGUGGAUUGAUGAAAACAGACAGUGGAGUUUAUUCUGUGGAGUUCAACAGCAAACUGCCUGACAAGACAUAUAAGCUAUCUGUUUUCAAGCCAGUCCCCAAACCCACAAUCACUUCUUCCUGUAACACCAACAAAACCUCCUGCACUCUGACCUGUGAAGGUGACACCACUGAUGCUGAACCAGUCACCUACAGAUGGAAAGAGGGAGAGGGGGCAUGGGAGGUUGUAGGCAAACAGCUUACUGUCUCUAAGAGUGACACUGGCAAAUCAAACAAUGGUUACAAUUACACCUGCAAGAUGAAGAAUGCUGUUAGUGAGGAAGUCAGUGAGGUGUUUGGAGAGGUGUUUGGUCCAGAGCGUUCCAAUACCGGUGCUGUUGUUGGUGGUGUUGUCGUUACCAUUGUAGUGCUUGUUGCCGUCAUAACAGGAUUUUUGGUGUGGAAGAAACAGACAGGGGAUGCAGGCAACAUUCGGGAUGAUGUUGCCCCGGAUACAGUUUACAGCACUGUAGGGGAUGUUCAGGUCACCAACCGUGGAUCUUCAGGGGUUCUCUCUGGGGUUGCCAUGGAUACAGUUUACAGCACUGUAGGAGAGAAGUCUUCUAGAGAUUACUCCAUGAAUCAGACUAAUAACAAUCAGCCCACUAACACAGGGAUGGCUGUCAACAAUACCAACCGUGUUAAGUCGGUGACAAAACUUGAAGAAGGGGGCAGUGAUGAGUCUAAAAUGGAUGGCAGUGCUGGACCAGAGGGCAAGGAUGAGACUAAAACGGAUUGCAGCGCUGGGCCAGGGGGCGAGGAUGAGACUAAAAUGGAUUGCAGCGCUGGGCCAGGGAGCGAUGAUGAGACUAAAACGGAUGGCACUGCUGCACCAGGGAGCGAUUUAAACGCAGCUGAAAAUGAAGAGGCAAAUGGAGAGCGGUCCGUGCUGCUGAACGAAGACACGGUGAAGUACAACAAUGGAGAGGGGGCAGCAGAAGAGAAUUCAGCAUUGUAGGACGCCAGGGAACUGUGGACCAGAGGUACACAGAUGAUUAUGAAGACAAGAGAACCCACCGUUUCAUCUGGGCUACGAGCACUGAACGACAAAUCAAAUUUAUUUAUAUAGCCCUUCUUACAUCAGCUGAUAUCUCAAAGUGUUAGAGAGAGAGAGAGAGAGAGAGAGAGAGAGAGAGAGA